AGGACAAGAUGUCGGCGCCCUGGGCUGGCUUCUACGACUUCUGGGGCAACAGCACCAAGAAGCCGCUGAGUGCUCAGAGCUUCCUGGGCAUCUUGGAAGACUUGGAGGACGCCUUUCCCAUGCCGGAGAACGGAGAUGGGCCGCCGGCGGCGCCGGCCGCGCCGGCCGCCGCGCCAGCCGCCGCACCGGCCGCCGCUCCCGCGCCGAGCAAAGGUGGACGAUGCGGCGAAGUCCUUGCAGCACGUGCAGGUGCGAGCAAAGGCGCCGCGCCCGCGCCCGCGGCUGCCGGCAAAGGUGCGAGCAAAGGCGCCGCGCCCGCGCCCGCGGCUGCCGGCAAAGGUGCCGCUCAGCCCGCGGCGUAUCCGUCGCAUGCGGCCAAGCCGCAUGCCGCUCCGGGCGGCGGGCAGCACCUUUUUGAGAAGAAGAAGGUGGCAGAUGACGGGCACAUGCGCGCGGACGCGGCGGCCUUCGUGCCGGGCCAGGGCCUGGUGACGGAGGCGAAGGACGCCGAGGUGAAGAGCCGGCGGGCGAGCGCCCCGGAGAUGAGCGCGGCGUCGAAGCGGAUGCCCACCUACGAGAAGAAGGAUUGGAUCAUCGCGGGUAUCCGGCACAACGUCGUGAGCAUCAUCAGCGGCGACACCGGCUGUGGCAAGUCCACGCUGAUUCCGCAGCUCGUCUGCGACGCCGAGAAUUUGGUGCCCGACGACAAGGUGGUGGUUUGCACCCAGCCCCGGCGCGUGGCCGCCAUCACCCUGGCGGAGUACGUGGCCAAGGAUCGGCGCCAGGAGCUUGGUGAUGAGGUAGGAUAUCAGAUCCGGUUCAUCAACAAGUUCUGCGAGAGCACGCGCCUGAUCUAUGCGACCACCGCGAUUGUCCUGCGGAGACUGCACAGCGAGCCAACUUUGGACAGCAUCGGGUGCCUUAUCAUCGAUGAGGUCCACGAGCGGGAUGUCUACACGGAUUUCCUGCUGCUGCUCCUGAAGGAAGCCAUGCUCAAUGGUCGCAUGCCCCACCUCAAGGUGGUGCUGAUGAGCGCCACGGUGAAGGCUGAAGACUUCGCCAACUACUUUGGGAAUGUGAACGGGCAGACCGCCCUGAAGCCAGAAAGUCUGCGAUUGGGAUCAUACCCAGCAACACCGCGGCGGGUCAAGAUUCCAGGGCGGAUGUUUCCCGUGGAGGACUUCUACUUCGAGGACGCCUGUGAGUGGGUCAGCUUCAGCCCACCGGAACGCAGCGGCAAGGGCAAGGGCAAGAAAGGCGGCCGAGACGAAGGCGUGACAGAAGACAAGAUCGAUGCCGUGUACCAGGCCAUCCAAAAAGUGGACACCCCGCAAGUGAGGCCGGGCAAGGACCGCGCGGACGACUACUCGGAGAAGACCUUGAAGGCCUGCGCGCUGUGGCGGGAAUGCGAGGUCUACAUCGACUUGGUGGAGGAGCUGGUCUACUACUUCCACAAGUCUGAGCCUAAGGGCGACGGCGCCAUCCUCAUCUUCCUGCCAGGAUGGGGCGACAUUGCCAAGACCUACAUGCGCUUGUACAAGUCAGGGGAGAACUACAAGCUCAUCACCCUGCACUCCCUGAUGACCCCGGAGCAGCAGCACGAGGCCUUCGAGCGCCCGCCGGAAGGCUUCCGCAAGGUGGUGCUGUCCACGAACAUCGCGGAGGCCUCGGUGACCAUCGACGACGUGGUCUACGUGAUCGACACCGGGGUGCGCAAGGAGAGGAGCUACGACGCAGGUACGGGCGUCUCAGCCCUGGAUGCGAAGAUGGUCACGAAGGCGAAUGCCAUCCAGCGCCGGGGCCGCGCGGGCAGAUGCCAGGAAGGCCUGGUGGUGCACCUCUUCCCCAGCUUCAAGUUCAAAGACUUCGAGCAGUUCCCCAUCCCCCAGAUGCUGUCCUCCUCCAUGGAGGAGGUCGUGCUGCAGUCCAAGGUGAUCCACGGAGGCUCCAACUCGGAGAUCUCUUCGAUGUUGACCAACUCCAUGGCAGCGCCCCAGCCCAAGGCCGUGGACGCGGCGGUGCAGCUUCUCAAGGACAUGAACUGCCUCACCCGCGCGGGCGAGCUCACGGUCCUGGGCAAGGCUGUGGCGGCGAUCCCCGUGCAGCCCAAUGUGGCCAAGUUUCUGCUGAUCGCCGCGGCCUUCAGAUGCAUCAAGCCUGCAGCCUGCGUCGCGGCGUUUCUCAGCAUCAAGAGCCCCUUCCAACAGUCGGUGAACGAGAGCUCGGACAAGAACAAGGUCACUGGAAAGGACUACUUCAACAAGGGCUUUUGCUCGGAUCACCUCACCAAUAUCCAGGCCUAUGUGGAGUGGCGCCGGGAGACUCUUCGGGGCCGGGGCGACGACUUCUGCGACGAGCAGGGCCUCAGCCCGGAGACUCUGGACAUGGCCUUCAUGAUGGUGCAGCAGUUUGUGUCCUUCAUGGUCGACGCUGGCUACGAUGGCGACGACGUUACCGGGGAGGGCGACUAUGGGGAAGUUGACCCUGUGAAGAAAGCCUCCGACGCGGACGCGCUGCUAAAGGCGGCCAUGGUGGCGGGCUUCAUGCCCAACCUCUGCGUGCUCUACCGGGGUCAGCGCUCACCGUAUUGGUAUCUAGACUCCAACGAGGAGGUAUCGGCCUUCCGGGGCUCGGUGAACGCGGAGUACCAGAUGGGGCUUACGGACGGGGAGGAGUGGAUGGUCUUCAGCGACUCCAUGAAGAUGGGGAGGUUCAAUUCCAUCAUGGACUCGUCCUUGGUCUUCUCCCCCUUCGUGCUGCUGUUCGCCAACGCGCUGAUGAUAGAUGAAAAGAAAAACGAGAUCCGCUUCGACAAGUGGUACGCCUACAUUCAACCAGGGCCUUGGAUCAAGGAGCUCCUGUACCUCCGAUCCAAGGUGAUUCCGUCCUUUAAGGACGCCAUCGAGUCUCGGGACCUGAGCAGUUUCCCGCGGGACCUCGUCCAGCGCAUGACGGACUUCCUCAGGCAACGGCCGAUCCGCCUUGACAAGAUUGAGGCGGUGGCCCGCUCCAUCGACGAGGAGGUCACAGGCGCGGCGAGGAAGCACAUGUCCUUCUUCGAAUGGCCGGAGGACGUUGGGGAGGAGGAGGAGGAGCAGUGAGGGCCCACGGCGCCGCGGCGCCGGGCACUUGCCGAGAGCCGAUGCGCGGAAGGUGGUAGGCUUCCCCGCUGGAGAGUCCGGGAAAAUCGUGGG